CCCUGAUCCUCCACGAGCACUGUGAUGAAACGGAAAAGAGCGUAUGCCUGUCACCACAGAAAUGAGUGAGUCGCCGUCUUUUAACUCAGUGAAGCUUGUGUCAUUGGCCCGAUCGCUGUCGGAGCUUGGGCUGGAUGCUGCCAAUGGAGGCCCUAUCACGCCCCCUGACAAUGACGAGCCCCCUCUUCCGGAGUCUGGCAUCGACCUCGGCCCUGGGCUUUUUUUUGCCGAUGGCAAGAGAAAAGUGGACUAUGCCCUUUGCUACAAAUACAAAAAAAGGCGGGCGUCCAAGGCACGCCUUUCCCUUGUAUCCAAUGGGACUAUACCAUUUCCGAUAUCGAGCCGAUGGGAAACGGAAGCAGAGUCUGGGGAGGCAGGUGCACCAGUAGGAGAUGUGGAGGAGUCAAAGCUGUCUGAGGAGGAAAAGGCUGUAAUGAGGGAGGAGUUUGAAGCGGGUUUACUGGAUGCUGGGCUACAGCUACAGCGUGAUAAAGAGAGGGCAAAUGGCCUGGGGUUUAUUCGGCUGCAUAUCCCGUGGCCAAUACUGAGCCGAGAAGCCGAGCUUCAGAAGAUCAAAGUUGCUGUGAAAAAGAAGUGCGAAUUGCAGAAACGGAUGGGCAUUGCUGGAAUGUGGGAUUCCAUAAUGGGCAAAGUCAACACACCGUUUCAACCAGACAUCCCUGACUUUGACAUUCACAGAGAUUCACAGACACGCGUCCACUUCAAAACCCUCAAACACCCUUUUAUCAGAGACAAGCUCCACCUGUACGACAUCAAGUCAACAGAAACUUUAUUUGAUAAUGCAACACGCAGCAGAAUAGUCGCUGAGAUUAUUUCACGUACUACCUGCAGACAAACCUGCCAAACCACUGGCAUCAACUCAUUAUUGGCUCGGGGUGUCUACGACUCUGCCUUCCCUCUGCAUGAUGGGUCGUUCACAAGGAGAGGACGGAAAGAUCAGCGAAAUGACAGACAGCUCCUUCAUGAUGAAUGGGCUAACUAUGGAGUCAUGCAUAAAUACCAGCCUGUGCACCUGAUCAGGAAGUACUUUGGAGAGCAGAUUGGGUUGUAUUUUGCCUGGCUGGGUGUUUACACUCAGCUCCUCAUCCCUCCCUCUGUCCUGGGAAUCAUUGUCUUCCUGUACGGCAUAUUCACUGUGGAUGCCAAUGUGCCAAGCCAAGAGGCAUGUGAUGACAACCUGAACAUCACCAUGUGUCCACUGUGCGAUGGAGUGUGUGACUACUGGCAUCUGAGUACGGUGUGCUCUCUGGCAAGAGCGUCAUACCUCUUUGACAAUGGAGCCACUGUCCUCUUCGCCAUCUUCAUGUCUCUGUGGGCUGCCUGUUUCCUUGAGCACUGGAAAAGACGACAGAUGUGUCUGAAACAUAUGUGGGACCUGACGAGCUUGGAGGAUGAGGAGGAGCGAGUCCAGGAGGAGCUGAGGCCUGAAUAUGAAGAAGUCCUACAGGAGAAGAAAGCUAAGAUGAAAGCCCAGUCUAAGAAGAAGUUGACUCAAGCGGAGGAUGGAGUGGGUAGAGAAACAGACCAGAUGCUGGCCUCACAGCGAGAACCAGAGUCCUUGGACAUUGAGGAUCACCUGUCAGGUUAUCUCAUCAAUGUGUCCACCUUACUCCUCCUGAUCUUCGUAACCUUCUCAGCUGUGUUUGGGGUGGCAGUUUAUCGCAUCUGCAUGUUAAGCGUUUGGUCCAUGAACCCCGAUCCUGAAGCCAAGGCCAGCGUGAGGAUGACCGUCACCACUACAGGCAUCAUCCUGAACAUGCUGGUCGUUCUGGUGCUGGAGGAAGUCUAUGGAGCGAUCGCUGUGUGGCUGACUGAACUGGAACUUCCAAAGACAAAGGAAGAGUUUGAAGAGAAGCUGAUCUUUAAAUCUUUCUUCCUCAAGUCAAUGAACGCCUUUGCACCUAUUUUCUAUGUGGCCUUCUUCAAGGGCAGGUUUGGUGGGCGGCCAGGCGAUUAUGUUUACGUCUUUGGAGACUACCGCAUGGAGGAGUGCGCUCCACCAGGCUGCCUCAUCGAGUUGUGCAUCCAGCUCAGCAUGAUCAUGCUCGGAAAGCAGCUCAUCCAAAACAAUGUGUUCGAGGUUCUCAUACCUAAGCUGAAAAAGAUGUACAGAACAAUACAGGAAGAAAAGGGAAAUAAAAGAGCAGCAGAGAAAGAGCAGAAUGAUACAGAAGAGAAGAGACCAAAGCAACAAUCUGACAAAGAUUUUGCUCUUGAACCCUAUGAAGGGGUGACCCCGGAGUACAUGGAGAUGAUAAUCCAGUAUGGCUUCGUGUCUCUGUUCGUGGCCUCCUUCCCGCUGGCGCCAGCGUUCGCUCUGCUCAACAACGUCAUUGAGAUUCGCCUCGAUGCUGCAAAAUUUGUGACUGAGAUCCGACGGCCUGAUGCUGUGAGGUGUAAAGACAUAGGGAUUUGGUACAACAUUCUCUGUGGAAUCAGCAAGUUUUCUGUCAUUACCAAUGCGUUUGUCAUCUCCUUCACGUCAGAGUUUGUUCCACGCAUGGUUUACCAGUACAUGUACAGUGUAAAUGGCACCAUGAAUGGAUACACAGAGCACUCACUGUCUUACUUUAAUGUCAGCAACUUCCCACUGGGCAGUGCGCCCACCACCGCCCUCAUCACCGGAGUCUCUAUGUGCAGGUAUAAGGACUACAGAGACCCACCUUGGGACCCAGAUGCCUACACCUUCUCUAAACAGUACUGGUCGGUCCUGGCUGCAAAAUUGGCCUUCGUCAUAUUCUUCCAGAACCUCGCCAUGUUCCUCAGCAUGUUGGUGGCCUGGAUGAUACCAGACGUACCGCGAUCUCUGCGUGAACAGCUGAAGAAAGAGAACAUGAUGCUGAUGGAGUUUCUGCUGAAUCAAGACCAAGACCAAGAAGCACGUGCCAAAUCUCACUCCCCAAAACGCUCCAUCCCCUGCUUUAGCGCCAACAUAGACAUUGUGGUGGUGGAACCUCUAGAAGAAAUAGAGGAGCAACAAGUAGAGGUAGAAAGGGUUGAGAUCAAUCUGGACGAACCGAGGAGGAGCACUGACAGUGAUCCAGAGGUCGGGAAGUCAUUUGAAGAAGUUGAAGAAAAUGCCCUGGAAAAGCGAGGAGGAGAGGGAGAAGAAGAUGAUGGUGGAGAGGUAGAAGGGGGAGAGAAGGAAAGAGAUGGAGAAGGAAAUAAAGACGAUGGAAAGGGAGAUGAUGAGCAAGAGGGAGGAGAAGAAAAAGAGGAAGUAGAUCAAAGAAAAGAAGAAGAAAAGGAAGUUGACGAUAAAGCAGUUGAGAUGGAGGAUUUUACUGUCGACCUGGACAAACUUAUGAGCGACCUGGGCCUGUUAGAUGAAGAACUCUCAUCGAGCCCAACCAGAGAUACAGAGUUCCCCCGCUCAGAGUCCCAACAGGAAUGCCAGAAAGACCAGGAGCCUCUGUCACAUCCAUCAUCUACAAGAGGCUCAUCUCAGAGUCUGAAGGCCUCCGGGGCAGAAAUGACAUCCGGUAGUGACACUAGGCUCUUCUCACUAAUUGCUCCUCCUCCCAGAGAGCAAGGCUCAAGGGGAAAGGCCCGCUGUUCCACCCUGCCUUCCCGCCACAAAGGGGCUGAGGCUUGCUACAGCCUGCCACGGCCAAGCCACUCCACCAGCCUCACGAGGUUCCAGCAGGCGGCCACACUUAUUCCCCUGGUUCCUCUGGGCUCUACAUUGUCAGCCUCAUCCAAUCCGUUCCCUCCUCCACACACACCUGUGUUACCAUCAUCUCCGCAUCCCACAGAGUCCCCAUCAGCCCAACAGCCCACAACCCCCAGUGAACUAUUCGCACUGAAAGGCCCUCCGCCUCAACAGCCACGCUCCAGGGGCGAAGCCCGGUGCUCCACCCUGCCUCCCCGACACAGAGUCCCUGGUCCUGAGGAGCGCUCCACCAAGCCUAGCCAUUCCACCAGCUUUACAAAGCUGCAUCCCCCCUUUCCCCAGUGAACUGAAACGCAACACGCCAGUAUGAGAGCUGGAAGACAAGGGAAAGGGACACACUGUGAAAGAGGGAGGGGGAGGAGUAUCCAGAUUAGCUUCUCCCGUCUGUGCCUGGAGACCUCCGUCUGUCCUCCGUAUUUGCAUAAAUAAUACCUGGGGUCUGAGGAGAGGCCAUCCAGAUCCACUGAACAUCCUUUUGAUCCUCUUAAUGUUCAUGGAGAUGUUUAUACCACUCUGUGGUAAGGAGACUACUUGACAAUUCAGAGAAAGACUGCUCUGAAACUCUCCCUACCAUGCUCGAGAAACAAUACCAAUUGAACUUCAACCUCUUCUAUUUCCAUAUUUUGUAUUAUUAUUUCAAAAUGUUUUUGAUGGUUUGUUUUCACAGCUCAAUAGCCACUGCUCCUCUGUUUAUCAUCCACACACAUGCAGCAGUGCUGCCUUGUAGACCAGAGA